GCAUGACAUCUGGGAAGUGAGGAGGAAGGAGCCUGUAGGGUUAGCGCCCCAGAGCGCUACCGUGGCAGCUUUCUUUUUCUCCAGCAUGCGCUAAGCUGCUAGCGGCUGCCCAGCAGAUUGUGAAUCAGAAGGGAUUCUCAGCUUCUGUUUAUUUUCCUGUUGUUGUUUUUAUCCCUCCCAGUCGGAGGGAAAUGGAAACACUGGCAGACACCUUCACCCAGACCUCCUGUCCUCAGUUCUGACACUUCAGUUUUUCCCUCCUGGUCCGAAGGCAAUAACUUCCAGACUUCAGCAAAGGAGCAGAAACGUCUAUUCCUUCCCUCGCCAGAACAGACAGAUCUAUUUAUCUGAAGAAAUGGAUACCUCUCCCUCCAAAAAAUAUCCUGUUAAAAAACGUGUGAAAAUACACCCCAACACAGUGAUGGUACAAUAUACUUCUCAUUACCCCCAACCAGGAGAUAGUGGAUAUGAAGAAAUAAAUGAAGAUUAUGGAAACUUUAUGGAGGAAAAUCCAAAGAAAGGACUUCUGAGUGAAGUGAAAAGAAAAGGAAGAACUUUCUUUGGGACCAUGGAUAGUCGAACCCCACCAACUGAAGACCCAAAAGUCAAUGAGAUUGAACAAUUUCACAGCUUUGCAGAAAGAAAUAUUUUUCAGUCUAGAAAGACUUGGAUAGUGUUGUUUGGAUCUGCUUUGGCUCAUGGAUGUGUGGCCCUUAUCACUAGACUUGUUUCUGAUCGUUCCAAAGUGCCAUCUCUAGAACUGAUUUUCAUUCGAUCUGUCUUACAGGUAUUUUCUGUGUUGGUUGUGUGUUACUACCAAGAACCCCCUUUUGGACCCAGAGGCUAUAGACUGAGGCUCUUUUUCUAUGGUGUAUGCAAUGUCAUCUCUAUCACCUGUGCUUAUACGUCUUUCUCCAUAGUUCCUCCUAGCAAUGGAACCACUAUGUGGAGAGCAACAACCACUGUAUUUAGUGCUAUUUUAGCCUUCUUGCUGGUAGAUGAGAGAAUGGCUUACAUUGAUAUGGCCACAGUUGUCAGCAGUAUCUUGGGUGUUUGCCUUGUCAUGAUUCCCAACAUUGUUGAUGAAGAGAACUCUUUGCUGAAUGCUUGGAAAGAAGCAUUUGGCUACACCAUGACAGUAAUGGCAGGACUGACCACUGCUCUUUCCAUGAUAGUAUACAGGUCCAUCAGGGAGAAGAUCAGUAUGUGGACUGCCUUAUUUACCUUUGGUUGGACUGGGACAGUCUGGGGAGUAUCCACUAUGUUCAUUCUUCAAGAACCCAUCAUCCCAUUAGAUGGAGAAACCUGGGGAUAUCUCAUUGCCAUAUGCAUCUGUUCUACUGCAGCUUUCCUGGGAGUUUAUUAUGCAUUAGAUAAAUUCCAUCCAGCUCUGGUUAGCACAGUGCAACACCUUGAGAUUGUGGUGGCUAUGAUCUUACAGCUUCUAGUGCUACACAUUUUCCCCAGUGUCUAUGAUGUCUUUGGAGGGGCAAUCAUCAUGAUUAGUGUUUUUAUCCUUGCUGGUUAUAAACUUUACUGGAGAAAGUUAAAAAGGGAGGACUAUCAAGAGAUACUAGAUUCUCCCAUUAAAUAAGACUUGAUUUUCAUGUUCUGAAUCGUUUGAAUUAUGUGCACUGCCAUGUUGUAUUCAUGUAUCAAUGUUUUUUUGUGUUGUAUAAUGGACAGAGUUCUAUAUAAUAUAUAGUUGUAAAAAGAUGAAAAAUAUGCAAAUGUAGAAAGAUUUAUAUUAGUCUAAAAUAUUAUAAAUGCAAAUAUUAAAUAUGUGAAAUACUGUGGACUUCGGUCUUUUUAAAAACACCUAUUAGUUGAGGGAUAACUGUUAUAAAAGUACCCUAGCCUUAGUUAUCAUCGAUUUCUGCACUAAUAGAAAUUACAAGAAAAUGUAAGCUUACUGAAAUUUAUAAAUUAGAAAAAAUUAAAUGGUAUCAUGGCACCUUUCAUAGCCAUAGUUGUUUCAACAUUAUACCUGAAUCUCUUCAUAUACACAAUGUACAUUCCUGAAAAGCUGGCUGUAAAAAGAGGUUCUAAUUAUAAAACCUGAUUUUUCCCACUGAUUAGCAUUAUUAAAUUGGAAAUUGGCAGUACAGAGUAGGGGACUGAUGUAGUGUGAUUGGGGUCAGAAGGUAGUGGGGAAGGGAGGCUUUUCACUGAUUUAACUUAGGUUACAGUAAGUAAAAGACACAGCAAAAACCUGCAGGGUCUUUCCUUUGUCAGGGUUGCCAUGACUAGUGGAGGAGCAUGCAUUAGUCUUUGCACAGACAUUGUGGAUCCAAUGCACUAUUCUGUUGCUGAGGCAGUGUUCUUUUCCGUUUAGCUUCACAGGUUUACAAAUCUCUCCUGGCUACUGCCCUCUUAUCUUGCAAGAGAAGGAAUGCUCCAAGCAACUGGCAGAGAUGCCAGAAGUGGAAAUAGCAAAGGAGUAAAUUAAUGUGGCAUGUUAUUUAAAGAUUUUCCUCAGGGGAACCAAAAAAGUCUCAAAGGCAUAUUUUAAUGUGUCAUAAUGCAUUUGUUCUCCACUCUUAUUAAUUCAGUUAAAACACUGUUCUGUCUAUUGGAUUUGCACGGAUAGGAUAUAUCAAUAAUAGUAGAAACCUUACAACGAAACUUCAGCCCACAGUUCACUUUUUGAAAAUGAAAUGAGAAUGCAGAGGUGUUCCUUAUUCUACAAUAAUUAAUGGGUUGUCUGACUUGCCAUAAUAAUGCUUUAUUUCAGAUAUUUAAUCCUGCUCAUUUCAACUUUCAGUUGACAGCUGAGUUCCCAGAAACAGAAUGAGGUCAUAGAAAACUCACUGAACUGUGAGUCAAGAGAGUUGGGUACUUAUGCCAGAUGGUUACUUUUUUGAUAUGUCACAACCUCUCUGGGACUCAGUUUCUACAUCUGUAAAAUGAAGGGGUUCAGGUAGAUGAUAUCUCCCCCCCACCAGUUUUAAAACUCUUUGAUUCCUGCCUUGGAACUUUAAAUAAAUAAAAAUAUUAAAAAAACAAA